GUCGGAGCACUGCUUCUGAACAAAAAACAAAAUAUAAUUGUUUUUCAAAAAUUUCUGCUCGCACCGAAAGAGAGCUGGAGUUCCAAAAACAGUUUUAUUAGUUCCUAACUAAUCUCUGAACUUUGCUGAAGUCCUCUUGGAGAGCAUGUCCUCGUAUAUAUCGCGGCUGCUGCGUACUCCGGCUGCCUCGAAGCGUCUGAUUUCUCAGUUGACGGAACGCGGAGGCAAAAACAGGUUCAGUUUAUUGCUGCAACGUCUGGGUCUGGGGAAAUGGGCGAACGGAGUAUCUGGCGUCGGGCCUCGAGCCAUUUCAACUACACCGGUGUGUAAGGCGGAAAUGGCCGAUGAUAUUGAACUGGCCACGGGCAUAGCCAAGCGCGAGAUGCUGUUGCGUGAGCAAGGAUGCUCCGAUCCCUGGUCCAUGGUGAAGGGCAUACGACGUGGUGCCGGGCGGGAGAACGAUCCCACUCCCAUACCGUCGGCCUUCGAUGGACGCCUGGUUGGGUGUGUCUGUCUGGGCGAUCGCUUUGUUAAGUGGAUGUGGCUGGAGAAGGGCAAUCCGAAACGUUGCGAGUGUGGACACUAUUUUGUGCUGAAAAAGGUGCCACCCGUUUAAAGGACAUGUUGCGCUUUGGAGCGCCAAGGGACGCUGUACUUAACACUUGAGUUCCAUCACACAACCUCACACAUUCGUUUAGACUAUUAACUGACCUAAACACGAUUUUUAACUGAUCUGAUUUACACCUAAAAUGUAUAAAACAUUGCAUGAUAUUAUCCGGAGACUAACAUAAAAGAAAGACGACAUUUA